GAGUUGUAGUCCCGGGGGGAGCUUCUUUUACGCAGUGUUUUGAGGUGCAGGACUGCAAUGCGUGCACUUCCGGACCCCAGACUGUUCCCACGGCGACUGACACCUCAGACACGCGUUGGAGGGACGGCGCUCUGGCUCCGGGGCUGUGCCCAGCACGAGCGUGGCCGGCACCCACUUGCUGCAGAGCCGGCACUGCACUGGGGUCCUUGGGGGCGGCUCCUCCAGACAUCUCUGCGGGUUGUCGGGUGCUGCCGAGUUGGGUUGGGGGACGCUACAGGUAGUGGGUCCGGAGCAGCGGCUGGCCCCUUAUCUCACUGCCCUUACCCGCAGCUCUGCUUCCUCGGACCCCACCGUCCUCUGGAGGCUCGUGCAGGGCACCUGCCACUGUGACCACCUGGAUGCAGAUACCUGCUUUCCCACAACAGCAAGGAAGAACCAUGGCCCAGAAAGCUGACUUCAUGAGACCGAGGAUCUCGUUCGUUGAUCGAUGCUACAUAUUCAGCAUGUUGGAUAAUGAGGCUGGAGUGCAAUGGCGUGAUCUCAGCUCACUGCAACCUCCGCCUCCCGGGUUCAAGCGAUUCUCCUGCCUCAGCCUCACGUCAGGCCUCUCCAAGAUGUCAGCCAGUCAGGUGAAGGAUGUUUUCCGGUUCAUAGACAACGACCAGAGCGGGUACCUGGAUGAAGAAGAGCUUAAGUUUUUCCUCCAGAAGUUUGAGAGUGGUGCCAGAGAACUGACCGAGUCAGAAACCAAGUCCUUGAUGGCUGCGGCAGAUAAUGAUGGAGAUGGGAAAAUUGGAGCAGAGGGCUGGGGGAGAGAGUCGAGGCCCCACAUGGGACUGGAGUUUUCUCAGUCCGAACAGUGAACACAGAGUCAUCCUCAAUCCUCUCUACUCUCGUGGUCUUGAGGGGCCACUGCUACCUCCUCCUGGUCCUGACCUUGAGGCUUCUCAGCACUGGCUUUCUCUGAAUUCCUUCUGUGCACAAGUAAGUCAUUCAGCUUCUUCCUGAACAAUAAGGAUAUCUCGUCUAGAUACCCCUGUUCCGUGGUUACUCUAUGGUUACUGAGCCAUGCUGGACCCAGAGGGGAACUCUGCAAAGCUCACCCCUCCCCCAGCUUCCCCAGGGAGAAAGACACACACGCCCUCUCCUCUGAGACCUCCAAACCUAUGUGGGUAUCUGUCAUCACUACCACUCCUGCCUGGUACCCGUGCACACCCAAGGACUGUGUUUGGAGAGGCGGAUGCAUUGAGGUCUAAGCGUUCUUGCAUCCUUAACUUUGAAACCAUAAAAGCAUGUUCUUUUCUUUGAUCUCUGGAUGUUUCAUUUUGUUUUUUGUCAUCUCCCUCUUUCGAUGCCUCCUGCAAUGAAUUGUAUGUGGGAGGAAGGGAGAGGCAAACAUGUACAAGGACACAGAGGUAUCCUGGGAGAAACUGUGACUCAUACUCUAAAAUAUUAAUCUCACUCUCUUAUAUAGCACCUUGUACUUUAUUUUUAUUUAUUUAUUUAUUUAUUUACUGAGGCAGAGUCUCACUCUGUCACCCAGGCUGGAGUGCAGUGGCACAAUCUCAGCUCAGUGCAACCUCCGCCUCCCGGGUUCAAGCAAUUCUCCUGCCUCGGUCUCCCGAGUAGCUGGGACUACAGGCACCUGCCACCACGCACGGCUAUUUAUUUUUAUUUUUAUUUUUUAGUAGAGACAGUGUUUCACCAUGUUGGGCCUCAAACUCCUGACCUCAAGUGAUCUGCCAGCCUCGGCCUCCCAAAGUGCUGGGAUUACAGGUGUGAGCCACCACACCCAGCCAAAACAUGUAUUUCUCAUGGAAUAAUUUCAUGCACUAGAGCAAGCUAAUUGGGAAAGUCAAUAGCAAGGAACAGUAGUAAUCGUUUAUGAAAUAAUGAUGAGGUGCUGGCACCUGAUGCACAUUCAUAGUCCCAUUUAACUCUUCAAGUGAAACUCUCACCUGGCAGGAAUUUACUAUUAGCCAUUUUCCAAAUAAGAGAUACAGACGAGAGAGUCUCUAUCUCUUCUUUGGUGCAAGGAGAUUGGUGCAGUCGGUGAGUGGCAAAAGUGGAUAUGUACCCAGAUCUGUCUCCAGUCCAAAUUCCAACUCAUCACUUCCCUAAAAGUGGUCUAUUCUGCCAGGCUGGAUAAGGGAAGUCGUUCUGCUUCCAAACUUAAUAUGUGACAGAUAAGGCAAUCUAAACCAAAGUCUUCUUGAGUUUGGUCAAACAAUAUGCUGCCAAGGCUUGAAUCCACAUAACUGUAACAAGCCAUCCCAACUAUGCCACAACCCACACAACUCAAAGGCAAGGGAAUCCCAGGCGACAAGGUCCAGGAACAGCCACUCUGGGGAGUCUGCCACCUCUGAUAUUGCUCCCGUGGCACACACGGUGCCCCAUGUGCGUCCAGACCUGCGCUGAAGGAAUGGGGGGAAGGGGCAAGCUUUGUAGGUGUGGGUGAUCCAGUGGUCACUUGAGAUCUCUCAAACAAGGACUCUGUAGAUGAUGUUAAUGGGCCAAAUGGAAUGCACAUCUGCCCCUAAGUGUGUUUCUUUUCUUUCUUUUCUUCUUUCUUUUUUUUUUGUUGAGACAGGGUCUUGCUCUGUUGCCCAGGCUGGAGUGUAGUGGUGCAAUCUUGGCUCACUGCAACCUCCACCUACUGGGUUCAAGUAAUUCUUCUGCCUCAAGCCUCCCAAGUAGCUGGAACCACAGGCAUGUGCCACCACUCCUGGCUAGUUUUUUUAUUUUAGUAGAUACGGGGCUGGUCUGGAACUCCGGGCCUCAAGUGAUCCACCCACCUUGGCCUCCCAAAGUGCUGGGAUUACAGCUAUGAGCCACCGUGCCCAGCCUUGUUUAUUUCUAAAUGAGGCUUCCUUUGUGUCUCUACAUUUCCUUCUACAAAAAAAAACUGCCAUGGCACAGGGGCUUAUGCCUACAAUCGCAGCACUUGGAGAGCCCAAGGCCAGUGGAUCACUUGAGUCCAGGAGUUCGAGACCAGCCUGGGUUAACAUAGUGAGACCCCAGCUCUACGAAAAAUUUAAAAAUUAGCCAGCCAUGGUGGCACGCACCUGUGGUCCCAGCUAUUCGGGAGGCUGAGGUGGGAGGAUCACUUGAGCCCAGGAGUUCCAGGCUGCAGUGAGGUCUGAUCUGGCCACUGCACUCCAGCCUGGGCAACAGAGCAAAGUGCUGUCUUAGAAUAAAAUACUUUUUAAAUAAACUAAAAACAAAACAAUGGGCCUGGUGUGGGUGGCUCACAUCUGUAAUCCCAGCACUUUCGGAGGGCAGGUGAGGCAGAAUAGGGAAUGAGGGUAACCAAGGGUUAAGGCAUAAACAAAAGAACAGCAGGUGCAGCCAGUUCUAGGCAAGAUUAGGCUGCAUAGAGGCCACGU